CUCCAGUAACUAUUAUUUUUCUUGCGCCCUCUCUCUCUCUCCUUUUCUCUGUGCUUCUCACUCUGUCUCGCUCAGCUAGCUCUUUCGUGAAGAAAUGGAUCGGAGUUGUGUGCUCUCACUCGCUCUCCUCUGCGUUGUCGUCGCUGGCGUCGGCGGCCAGUCUCCGUCGGCGGCACCGACGAAAUCUCCGGCAACUCCUGCCCCUACUGCCACUCCAGUCACUCCAGUCACCGCACCGGCCAAGGCCCCGGCUAAACCUACCUCCCCUGCUCCUGUGACAACUCCUGCCGCAGCUCCCAAGGCCUCGACCCCAGCUCCGGCCGCCGCCCCUCCUAAGCCCGCGAUUACAGCGCCCGCUGCCGCUCCUGCUUCCCCACCGACAGCAGAGACCCCUGCCAGGUCGCCUCCGCUCCCCGCUCCGGUGAGCUCCCCUCCCGUUCCAGCUCCGGUGAGCUCUCCUCCCACUCCCGCACCGAAGCCUGCUCCCGAGAGCUCGCCUCCGGCCCCGGUUGAAGUCCCGGCUCCUGCCCCGAGCAAGUCGAAGAAGCACAGUCCCAGUCCGUCUCCGUCACCGUCGGCAUUGUUCAGCCCCCCUGCCCCCCCGGCGGAGGCUCCCGGGCCUGUCGCCUCAGAUAUGUCUCCUUCACCGUCAUUGAACGACGACAGCGGAGCUGAGGGCAUCAGAGGGAUGGGGAAGAUGGUGGCGGGAUUGGCCUUCGGAUGGGCUGUUUUUGGAUUGAUCCUCUAGAAAGGAAGAAGAUGGAGAGAUAGGGGUGGUGAUGAGACCAGUGACACACGGGGAUUAUUACCGUUGGGUUUAAUUUAUUUUUCCAUCUUUUUUUUUUCCUUUUUUAAAUGUUUGUGUAUGACGAGGAUCUCCAUUGAGAUACUUUAUUUAUUGUCAUUAUCAUUAAUUUUUGGUUCCUCUUGGACGGUGUAUCCGCGACUUCUUUGGUUGAGAGAGGCAGAGAUGUUCUGUAUCUGUUGUAGCUCCUGAAAUUCUUUUCUAUGUAAAUGUUUGCACCUUCUAUAAUUAGCUAUUUUACUUUAUAAAUGGAGAAAUUCGUAUA